CCGCCGCCGCCAUUGCCGUCGCCAUGAGCUGCACCAUCGAGAAGAUCCUGACGGACGCGAAGACGCUGCUGGACCGGCUCCGGGAGCACGACGCCGCCGCCGAGUCUCUGGUGGACCAGUCGGCCGCUCUGCACCGGAGGGUGGCCGCCAUGAGGGAGGCCGGGGCCGCGCUCCCCGAACAGUAUCAAGAGGACGCAGGCGACCCGAAGGACGUAGCGAAAUACAAACCUCACAUCUUGCUCUCCCAAGAGAACACGCAGAUCAGAGACUUGCAACGGGAGAACAGAGAAUUGUGGGUUUCCCUGGAGGAACACCAGGAUGCUUUGGAACUCAUCAUGAGCAAGUACAGGAAACAGAUGCUGCAGUUAAUGAUAGCUAAAAAGGCAGUGGAUGCCGAACCGGUCUUGAAAGCUCACCAGUCUCACUCUGCGGAAAUAGAGAGUCAGAUUGACCGAAUCUAUGAAAUGGGAGAAGUGAUGAGGAAAGCAGUUCAGGUGGAUGACGAUCAGUUUUGUAAGAUUCGGGAGAAACUCGCCCAGUUAGAGCUUGAAAAUAAAGAGCUCCGGGAAUUAUUAUCUAUCAGUAAGGAAUCUCUCCAGGUGAAGAAGGAAGAGUCGAUGGACAGUGCUUCCCAAGACACCAAAUAAUGCUCAGCUAGCUGGAAGCUGCCCUCGUAAGGGAAAGAAUUAUUCGUUGUCUGCGUGUUGCCUGUUCUGCGUCUUUUUCCUCCCUCAGGCACGGCUUGAGGUCCCAGCUAUCGAUCAUUGUGGCACUUGAGCAUUGUCACUUGGUUUGAAUCACAUGCACCAGUUCUGGGAUGUUAGCAAUGGAACAGAUUUUCACACAGCUGCUUCCACUCCUUUCUGGAGACUUUUCCUGCAUCCGUCUUUAUUUUGGGGGGGGUCACUUUAUCCAAACUGUGUUUAUAAUUUAUUACCCCAACUUUCCAAAAUCUGUAGGAUACUGCUUUGUGAACCACCAUUAUACCCCCCUGUAUAACUGAGAAAUGUGACUUGGAACAAAGAACUUUCGUUGCUGGGUGAGAAGACCAAGUUUAGUCAAAAUAACAGCUUUCAGUAGGUGCAUAUGAGCAGUUGAUCAUCUUGGUAUCUUGAAAGAAUCUAUCUUAUUCUGAUCAUGUAAUGCUUCCUAAUUUCCUGGUGGAACCAACUGGGAUGUUAUUACCCAGUGGAAUAGGAAAGUUCAGAGUGGCAAACGUGAAUAAUCCAGAACAGGAGGAAUCCCUGAACUUCCUAUUUCUCCGGCCAGGAUACAAUACCCGACUAACAAGACCAGACCGUGUCAUCAACAGUCCAUUGAGGGGCUCGGAAAGAGCAGAGCAGUUCUACUCUUCAAAGAGCUUUCCCGUGCCCCCCAUCGCAGGCCAAUUUUGGCUCCUGUCCCCCCACCCCCAAACCCCAGCCUCUGCAUUUGGCGGAUCGGAUGGAGCCGUGUCAGAGGCCCGAGUUUGGGGGGUCUCCGGUAAGAUAGAGCUUGAACGGUUACAAUCCUGUGUGAAAAUGUCAUAUUUCUCUUACUGCGUUGCACAGCAGCCUAAAGGGAGUUUUCUUUUCCGACGAAAAUGUAAAAAUCUAUUUUUAUCAACAUAUGUUUAACUCAGGGCUAACUGCUCCAAGGGUACGUUGGUUGUAAUUACCUCCUUGUUUCUCAAAGAGUAAGAAUGUAUUUAGAGGAACGUUAAAUACAAGUAUAGGACAUGUCUACCCCACUGACAGUUGCAAGAAGGCUCAUACUAUCCCUACUUUACCCAUUUUUCCCCUGAUACUCUAUUAGGAUCAGUUAUUGAGAAGAGAUUUCUAGAUGGGGAAAUUGAUGAAUGAAAAUUUUGAGUUACCACUCCUCUUAAUGCAGUACUUUAUGUUAUGAGACUAUUAAAUUAUAGCAUUGCCUCUGGGCUACCAGACUUUCAGACCAUUUUCUUGGGCUGCUUAAAGCCUUUAUUUUGAAAAAGCAAGUUGAAUUUUUGCAAGGUCCUAAAAAUAUCUUUUGUCCCCAUUAUUUAACUUUUCCCUCCACUCCCCGAGGGCUCACCUCUCCUUGACGGUUUUCACACAGACUUAUGGUUGAGGCCGAAGGAAGCCGAGCUUUGCAAGCACUCAAACAUACUCUGCAGGAGUUAUAUAUUUUCUGAAUGAAAGCUUAUUAUCGUGAAUGGUAUGUAAUGUUUGUGUGUGUGUGCGUGUCACUUCACAAAGGAUUUGAUUCCAUUUACCUCCAGCUCCAAGAGCGAAAUCUCACCGUCCAGAAAUCACAAUAAAUAAAGCUUGAACUUCCAAUUCCCAGCAAUACCAGUUUAUCUUCUCCUUUAGGAGGAAUUAAGCCAGAUAAUCUUAUCCCAUCUCUAGUUUGAGUACUGCCCAUACCAGCCAAGAUGCAAUAAGCUGGAGUGUGCUGUUGGAUUGAGUUUACCUGCAGCACUCUGAAACGUGUUCAUCCUCAUUUGCAGAAACUAAUUUGAACAGUUUGUCCAGUUUUAUGCCUUAAAUAUGCCAUUGUGCCAGUCUGGAGUCACGUGAACCCUCCAUAUCUGUGCUACAUAUGCAAUGGAGAUGAUGGUACUGUAAGUAAACAACUUACUAAGGUAUAACAUAGUGUCUGCUACUGCUGUGGUUCACUCAGUCAUUUGUCUGUUACUCUGUUGGAACCAACUAAAGCAGCUCUUGACAUCUCAGGUUUCAGAAAUCUGUACAUUGGUUUAUUUUUUUCUGGAAAAUAAAAA